UUCUCUCAUCGCGAAGCAACGAACGAAUACCCACAGCCAUAAAUUAUUCCGCGACAGACAGAUUCCGAAACGCGAGUACUAAGUCUAUUAACCAGAAAGACGAAGAGGAAUCAAGGCUUGUUACUAUGCCUGACAAAGACGGAAGUCAUAAAGCAUAUAAAACUUCAAAUCGAAUGGAAGAGGAUGAAACCAACAAUAGGCUUUCUGACAGCGAAUUUGUAACGCUGACGAUGAUGACCAGAAGUACUUCACCAACACCUCCAGCUUCUUCGUCCUAUGUCAGAAGCAGGCGGGCGGAAAUCGGUAUCGUUCAUCAGAAAGAAGUGACCAGAGCCCGAAAAUUACCGGAUACCAUGGACGAAGAGACGCAGUGCGAUCGAAUGGAAGAAACAUCAAGAUUCUCGAGGUAUGGAGGCAACAAUAGAAUAUCCGGGGCACCCUGGUCAACGUAUUUGGAUAAAUACUCGUCAUCAGGCACAACUUCGGUUGGAGGUCCAUCUAUAUAUUCGUCCAGAGGAUUCACUAAUGCGAGCUCUUCCAGUAGUAGAUUCAAUAGCUUCGCGUAUACGAGAACGAACGAAAUUCCGGCGACCACGAGAAAUGAAUCCGCUACCAAGGAAUCGUCGAGUUCUAGUCAGGAAACUCAUAGUUCUAGCAAUAAAAAUCAAACCGAGGAAGUUCCCAGUGGUUCAAAAUGCACGACUAGCAAUGAAAAUUCAACGUCUAAUGACUCAAACGCAUCCUCGAAGGCGCAAAAUAUUCAUAGCACGAAGAAAGAAAUAAAUGAAGGUAGAAUACGAGGUAGCGAACAGUGUUCCUGCGGAGGACGAAAAACUGAAACAAGCGGAAAUCCUGAUAGCUCCAGGAUUUUCAACCAGAACGUUGCAUUUCACCGCAAAGAUGAUUCAAUGGAGGAUUCCCAGGAAAGCAACGGUAGUCGCGAAGAUUGGAAUAGCAGACAAAGUUCUGUGUCGAGGUGCCAUGAAUAUAACCAAAGAAAACCGUCUAUUCCGCGGGUUGGACGUAGUUCGCCAAAGAGCGAAAUAAAGAUUUCCAAAUGUUCUUCAAAGACUGAAAUAAUAUCACCGAAACGAGAAGCAUACUGUGAAAGGAGAGGAUCCACUUCCAAGUCUGAUGCCAGUUCUUCUUCUAAGACCGAGGAGUCUCUUCGAAUUGUAGAAGGACAUUGUCAAAAUCAAAAUGAAGAAAUUAUUUCCCAAAAGCGUGAUAUUUCGCAAAGAAAAGAUUCUACAUCGAGCGGUUCUUCACAAAGUCGUUCGACACCGCAAUCUAGGAAUGGAUCGACGAGGAAUAUAUCGCGUCAAAUGACGCGGACCGGUUCGUCCGAUGGAUCUCCUGUAAACAUGCCAAUUGGCAGAUCGAAAUCAUCGUCAACUAGUUCGGUGACGAGUCAGAGUGUAAAAAUAAAGGCGACGACGCCGCCAUCGUCCGGCAAGUCAUCCGGCGGUUUGGUUCCGCCAUCAGUGAAUCUACGACAAGGCGGUUCGCCGGACGCGCGCGGCAAACCACCUGUGCCGAAAAAUGAUACUACGACCGCUGCCACAUCGAAGUGCAUCGUGGCAGCGAAGUACGUGAACAAAGAUUUCCGCAAGUCGACCUUGAACAUGGAGAACGGCGAUACGCCGCGCUCCAAGUGCGCGAGAAGGAAGAAGAGCCAGAGAACCAUCUGCGUCAGCUCCAAGAAUUCCGAGAUGACCACGGAACACAUUCCCCAGGCUGUCUCUUCGGAAUCUUCGAUGAAGUCUGGUCAAUCAAGAUUAAUGACUCUUUCGGGAAAAUCAAAGCAUAUGCUCGGAAGGAGCGGUUCAAAUGGCUCAAUGAAAUGGAAAGAAUCGAGAGGCGAAUCAAAGUCACCUUGCGGAACGAAAAAGAGGCCAUCUGAGACUUCUGUUUCUAGCAAUAGUAGUCAGUCGAUCUCCGCAAAUUCUUCCAGCAGCGAGGAUAAUGAUGAACAUGCAGACAGAUCGGAUUUGAAACGGAGAAGAAAACGAGCGUCAGAAUCGCCCAAAUCGCUCGAAAUAAGAGGUAAGAUCAGUGCGGGAUCAUCAAAAACAAGCGUGUUGGCAUCAUCGGCCGAUGAGAUAUCUUUGAUGACGGAGAAACCACCCAGGCCACCGUCUAGUCCAAGAUCGAAAAGUGAUCGUGUAGCGAAAACAGAAGAGGCCAAGUCAUUUUUGAUGAGAGCACUAGCACCAGUGACGAAUUUUUUUAAGAAUAGGAGUCAAGAUUCAGGUGAUGCAAGUAAAUCAGGUAAUUGGGUUGACUCCAACGAGGAGAACUACGAAGCCUGUAACAAGUCAAGACAGUCGCUAUCAUCUUCGAAAUCGAUCAACCAGAAUCUGUCAAAAGGUUCUAGUUUUACUAAUUCCGAGAGGAAUGACGAAAUAAAAAAAAAUAAUAUGAGAAUUCAAAAUCAGUUUUCUGGGGAGAAACCAUGGUGGUUGGAUUCAAAUUCUGAUAACGUUCCAGAAGGAGUUGAAAAGGAUAAUCGAUGGAACGAAGAUGUCAGUCAGGACACAACAAUUAGCACAGCCUUGCCGGAUGAUGGAAAAUGUAAGCUCAAAUUUUGGAGACAAGAAUCGGGAGAACGUGCCUGGUGGUUGGACGAUGUUUCAGCGGAAGAAACAAAGAGAUCACCCUCAUCGGCAUCUCCCGUCUCGAGACGAGGUUCCAGUCGAGGCAGUUUUCGAUCAGCCGAUCGACGAAACCGCAUCAGGCAUCAGCAAUCUGGUGAACGAGCGUGGUGGAUGAGCGAUGAUCCCGAGAACGUUCCGGAGGGCGUAGAGGUCAUCCCUAUGGCGUCUCCCGAUAGUCAAAGUGUCGACCAACCUGAUGGUUUCGUCGAUAACGAGAGCCUCUAUUCUUCAAAGCCGCUUAAAAAGAUCCGGCAUAUCGAAUCCGGAGAGAAAGCAUGGUGGAUGGACAGCUCCUCGAACGUUCCUGACGGGGUCGUCAGGAUUCCCGUGGAAAUUGCCAAUAGCACUUCCGAUUCCUCCGAGUCGUACGAGAAGAUCGAUAUCGGCGUUAACCCUGAACCUGAAACGCGUGUGAAGAAAAAUCUUUCUAGAUUUCCUAUCGAAUUUCCGCCACCACCAUCCGAGGAGCCGUUGGGAGAUCGCGCGAGUCCGGAAGGGGUCGAAAAUCCACCUGACCCGCCGGACAAUUAUGGAGGACGGGACUCACCUUAUGACAAUGUGCCGACAACUCGAAGGUUAUCACCAAGGAAACGACCCUCCACCUUGCCAUUGUUCAUUGGUCAGCACACUGACAUCGAUGACAUGCUCGGUGAUACAGCUGCUCUAUGCCACAGUUCUGUUCUCUCCCGUGUUCGUAAACAGGAACGCGUUGAAGAGGAUUCUUUUGAAAACAGCUCAGAGUGCGAAGAAAUAGAUGCAACUCAGGUGAUUAUUCAUGACAGCACGCCGAAAACACCGGUGAUUCAACGAAGAAACCGUGAUAAUAAGAGGAUUCAACCAGACGGCUAUAUUCCGUCGUCCAUACGCGUGCAUCGCCGACUAUACCGAAAAAAGUCUGUGAACAAAGACCUACGAAAGAAUGAAUGAGAUCAAGAGGCGUGAAAGUGUGCGCGACAUUAUUGUUUCUCGCUAGGGAUGCACGAAAGAGCUUCUUGCUACCCUUCUACACCUUUUUUUUAUAUUGCACACAAAGCAGAAUCAACAAAGGAGUCUUGCUUGUUGAGUGCUUGCUUCGUUCUUCGUGUAUUGCGUCUCAGUUAAUAAUCACUCUGUCGCUAUGAUGUCGUCGCAGUUUUCAUUAAUGUUUAAAGAUCCAAUUUUAUUAUAGUAUAAUUAUAUUUUAUGCGAAUUAUUGUGUCUUAAUUUGUGGUUAAUUCGUAAUUUAUAUUGCAAUGUAAAUGCAAUUUUGUAAAACGAAAAGAUUCGUAACUAUUUAAUUGAUUACUUCGCUCGAUUGUCAUGCAAAAGUUACUUAUAUUUUUCCACUAUUAUGAGUUGGCAGCUUUACCAUCCUUCACAAUGAACCUCCAUCACGUUUCUAUAGGCCCAGCAACGGCCUUUUGUACUAUGUGAGCUCCCCCGCUCCCCCACUAUGAGAAUUUGUUUGUAGUACACAGCCGACAAUACGUAUAUCGUGCUUAUAGUUUUGUCACAUUGCACUGGCUAAUUAUUUUUUUACUGCCCAAUUGUUAUUUCAGCCAUUCUCUAUAUCUGCUUUCUCUUCGGUAGAUUAUAAUUCUUUGUACGGUAACUUUUUGAAUCGUUUUUGAUUUUUACUUUAGCCGUUACUUCUAAUGCUAGAAUUUUUUAUAUAUAUUCUAUAUAUAAACAUGAACUAAUUAGAAUGCAAAAAUUAUAGCGUUCAAAAGCAAUCUUUAAAUAUAUU